CUCAUCUCACGACUUUCAGUUGUACCAUCAUCACCUUUUUCAUUUGCUCUGCAUUUGCAUCUUGCAACUAUGAAGGCCUUCACAUUCAUCUGCACCCUGCUGCUCGCUUUCCUCCCGUUCACUUGGGCGGGCCUUGGCCUCGUCGAUGACUUGGCCCCCGGAGAUAUCGUAUCCGUCAACCGCCCGGGUGUAGCGGAUGAGCGCGAGGGCCUGGUUACUGACACGUUUGUGGACGCAUAUGGCAGACAGAUCGUCACUGUGCAGCUUGACCGCGGGGAGAUGUACAGGACCUGGUACCCUUAUGUGCGCAAAGUCGUCCGCAAGACGUACUAUACCGUCCCGCAAGAACCGAGGAACUACCGUUCGUACGAGUGGGCAUAUGGCGGGGAGCGGAUAUACGGCGGCUAUGUGCUGUGAUCUUGUCUGUCUUGGUGAUUGGUUGUCGUACAUAAAUCGUCGUGGGUUGCGUCUCCUUAACAACGGGGCUACCUGGACUAUUAGCGUCUGUUGCUUUCACAAUGUUUUCCUUGACAUUGGUCAUGACAUCGAUGAUGAUGAUUAAUGACCAUGAAAAGGCGAGAAUGCCAUGCCUGGUAUAAAA